AUGGACAACCGGUUUAGCGUCUACAUGGAAUCUAUCAUACCCCACUCAUUUGAGUGUGACCCGUUUUCAUCCAUAAGACGAGCGGAAACCGAGACGCUGGGAUACCGGCUAUCCCCCUGGUGGGCCGGUGUUGAACAGCACACGGGAAGUCCGGUAAGUGCCAUCGAAUCAACCCAUUCCAAAGAUGGUCAACAAUUUAAGGCCGAAGAGCCGCGGUCCUCUUUUGGCAACUUUGGUUACGACGGGGUUACUUCGCAAAUCACACGAAGGAUAAAAACCCCUCCCCCUCCGAAUUCCCACUGUGUACCACUGAGUUCUGACGUAAAACUGACUUCCGUCAAGCCCCCAUACUCCUACAUCGCUCUCAUCACCAUGGCUAUUUUGCAAUCACCACAGCGAAAACUUACUCUGUCCGGAAUCUGCAACUUCAUCAUGGACAAAUUUCCUUAUUACCGAGAACGAUUUCCAGCCUGGCAGAAUUCCAUCAGACAUAACCUCAGUUUGAAUGACUGUUUCAUCAAAAUUCCGCGUGAACCAGGUAAUCCCGGUAAGGGGAAUUAUUGGAUACUGGAUCCGAAUUCUGAAGACAUGUUCGAUAAUGGUAGCUUUUUACGCAGACGCAAGCGGUACAAGAGAAUGCAACUAGCGGUCGGUUACCGGGGUUUGCCUGCUCCGAUAAACACGUCAACCGCUGCUCCGUCGACAACAUCUCUCGUCCAGUCCACAUCGCAAAUAUCUGAAGCUACGCAGAACUCGUUUGUUUAUCUACCUGAUGAAACAGCAGCUUACACAACGCUAAGUCAAACCCAUGCUUGUGUGACACCGACGCUGAAUGGAGUAUCCUCUGUUAUCCUCUCCGGCGCAGGUUUAGCUAAAUCACUUCGUUCAAAGCUGUUUGUCCCACCCCCUCCAUUUCUUCUCGCCUACAUGAAAAUGAUGGCUCCAGAUGAAAACAUGAAAUUACAAGAACAGAAGUGCCGGCUACCAUUGAACCUCAGCGUCAGGCCAUUGGACGAUGAACGCCAGCACCAAGACCUCCGUGCAUCCGUGAACAGGUGCGAUGACUCAGUUAAUUCCCCGCAGGAGUCGUUUGCUCGUUCGAGCACUGGUUCCCCGUAUUGCUGUGAUUUUCCAGCUGUGCUCCCGAGAGUAAGAGAUACUGUGGCUACAUUUAUGAUCAAAAACUUGUUAACUGAGAGUGUGAUUAGAUAA